CGAAAUUAUGCCGAAAUAUAUAUUUUGUGCGCACGAAAGCCCCAAGAAUCGGGCCAUCAGUGCUUUCGCGUAUUUGCCAACGCGAGGAGUGAUUCAGGGCGCUCAGUUGAUACUUUUGUCUAGUCAGUGAAAGGGAAGCCAAAGAAGCCGCCACCAUGGACGCGAUUAAGAAGAAAAUGCAAGCGAUGAAGCUUGAGAAGGACAAUGCGAUGGACAAGGCCGAUACAUGCGAGGGGCAGGCUAAGGAUGCCAAUCUCCGUGCAGACAAAGUCAAUGAGGAAGUACGUGAUCUGGCCAAGAAACUCGUCCAAGUUGAGAAUGAUCUGGUAUCCGCCAAAAAUGCCCUCGAAGCUUCCAACCAGGAACUCGAGGAGAAGGAAAAAACACUCACCGCCACAGAAUCCGAAGUGGCUGCCCUCAAUCGUAAAGUCCAGCAAAUUGAGGAGGAUCUCGAAAAGUCCGAGGAGCGUUCCGGAAGUGCUACCCAGAAAUUGCUUGAGGCCACUCAAUCAGCUGACGAAAACAAUCGUAUGUGCAAGGUAUUGGAAAACCGAUCCCAGCAGGAUGAGGAGCGCAUGGAUCAACUCACCAACCAACUCAAAGAGGCACGUCUCCUUGCUGAAGAUGCCGACGGAAAAUCCGAUGAGGUGUCCCGUAAGCUGGCCUUCGUUGAAGAUGAGCUCGAAGUUGCUGAAGAUCGUGUCAAGUCCGGAGAGUCGAAGAUCAUGGAGUUGGAAGAAGAGUUGAAGGUUGUCGGCAACUCUCUGAAAUCUCUCGAAGUGUCUGAGGAGAAGGCCAACCAGAGAGUUGAGGAGUUCAAGCGUGAGAUGAAGACCCUCACCGUCAAGCUAAAGGAAGCCGAAAACCGCGCCGAACAGGCUGAGAAGCAGGUGAAGAGGCUCCAGAAGGAGGUGGACAGACUAGAAGGUGAGUCCUUACACUUUAUACCGCUGGCGCUGAGAGGGAUUUCUAGGAUAAUUCUAUGCUAUAAAAAUGGGAAUGGAUAUUAUUUAUUAAUUUAUGAUUUUAAUAUGCUAAAAAAACGUAUAAAUUACUAUGUUUCUGCUUCUGCUACGCUUCUUACAGACAAUCUCUUCCAUGAAAAAGAAAAAUACAAAGCGAUUUGCGACGAUUUGGACUCAACUUUUGCCGAACUUACAGGAUAUUAGAGAUAUCACUCUAUCAAUUCAGUCAUGCCAAAAUUUUCUUUUUAUCUCAACAUUUCCACACUUUUCCUCUAAAAUUCUUUUUUUUGCUCAUUUUCUCCACCACAUCCUAUACACUAUGUAUAAGACAGUGUUGUACCCCCUGUACUAUGUGCAAAAUGAUUUCCCACCCAAAAUGACACUUUGCAGAGAAAUCAGUGUUGAUAGUUGACCUCUUUGCAGUACCACACAUCAUUAUGCAACCAAAACUAUUGACCACUUUGAUGAGUCCCCUUCCUUGUUGAGAAUGAGCCAAACAGCUGCCAUUUAAUCUCUCACAUUAUGCACAUUUUUGUUGUAAAGCAACCAAUUAAGAUGACAUCAAACUACACCACUCUUAUACUUCUUGCUCCCCCGAAGAUAAUCUCGCUCAAACUAGUAACAAUUAACAUUUUUCUAUACCACAACUCGCCAACCCGCAUUCUUUCCUAUAUAUAAUUUUCACCCAACUCACCAAGCAGCCCUCCACCCCCAUGAUUAACUAUUUUCUCUCUCUAUCUAUCUCUCUCUCGUUUUGUACCAAUUGAUAUAAAAAAAAACUAAUAACAUAAUUAAGAGCUGCGUACAAAAAUAUAUUCUGUAUAAUCAACGCAAAUUGCACUAAUCCGGGAAAGGAGACGGCUAUCUAUGUAAAAAAGGUACAUUUCUGCUAAAAUGCUUACAAUUAACCCCUUUUGUCACCUUCUCUCUUUCCUUUCUUCUUUCAAUCUAUCAAAUGCGACCCUUCCUGGUAUGGAGGAAGUUCAUUUUAGGAUAAAAAAAAAGAUCAAUGAACGAUUUCGGAAAUCCACGUGUCACUAAUGAUCCCAAAUGUUAAGUCUUUAAUUUGGGAUUAUUAAUGGUUUUUUUUGUAUAAGUAAGCUCUGUGAUAAAAAACGGCCUAAUCCUUUCAAGGGGAGCAUAUUUGUUGUUGAUGGUGUACAUCAAAAAUCAAUAUUUCAGGAUAAUUUGGUAUUUUUUAAAUAUCAAAAUUAAAUUUAAAAAAAAGAGAAAUCCAAGAUUUUCAAACUUUUUUGAGAGAUUGAUUUUAUGCUGUGAUAUUUAUGCUCUUUUGAUGAUAUACACCUCUUCAUGAACAAUGUAUGCCCCUUGAAUAAAUUCCAUGUGUAUCAAUUGUCCCACACAUAAUCCUUAUAUGUCAAUGUGAAUUAUUAAUUAAUUCCCUAAUCUUUCAGACGAAUUGGGCAUCAACAAGGACAGAUACAAGAGUCUUGCCGACGAAAUGGACUCCACCUUUGCGGAAUUGGCUGGCUAUUAAAUGUAAUGUCAAAUGUUAUAUUUAAUAAUAAUAAAAACACAAUCGCCAAUUUAGCAUUGUCACACAACGCCGAAGGAAGAAUAUUGUCGUGGACGAAAUUAUAUUUCGCCCAUUGACACAACAACAGCAAGAUCCGAAAAAAAUUGUAAAUGUUGAAGAAAAAAUCAAUUUUAUUUGCUUUUCGUCAUUAUAAAGAGAAAACAAACAAACAAAAAACUUUUGCAUAAUACCAAUCAAUCACAUGAUAUCAAUUUAAGAUCAAAAUAUGAGAAGGCAAAUUUAAGUGAAACAUUUGUAACGAAAUAAGUAAAAAAAGCCUAAUAUAUAAUGAAUAAAAAUAUAUAUUGUAAAUGGAAAGAGAGCCUCUUUAAACAAAUAUAAUGAAAACUUUUCUGUCUUUUUAAUUUAAUAAAUUAUUACUAUAAUACUAAAAACAAA